AUGGGUGCACCUACUACCACUGAUGUCCCUGUCAAGGAGACACAUGGGAGUGAGAACUCUGAAAAGAUCGAGCGUGUUCCAUCGACCAAGGAGCAACACGCAACCCCAGCGAGCGAGGAAGCUGACCCGGAGGAGCGGGUGACGGCAAAGGCCUGGCUAACCGUGGCCGCUCCGUUGCUCGAGAGAUUUGGAGACACCCAGCUCUCCGCGUGGGUCGUGCCCUGCAUUACCACGGCCGCCAGUAUCACUAUCCUCUUAUUCGGCGCAAACUCGGACCUCUUUGGAAGGCGUCCGUUCCUUCUCUUCUCCAACCUCAUUAACGCAGUCGGUUAUGCAGUUAUAGCUACCGCCAAGACACCCGGCCAGCUCCUAGCCGGUUUAUGCCUUAACGGCUGCGGCUCGGGGACGGCAGGCGUGGCUCUAAUUGCAUGCCCGGAGCUCUUGCCGAACAAGUACAGACAUAUCGGUGUCGUGAUGGCCGACGGGUUCGUGUAUAUCAUGAUCAUCAUUGGCCCUGUCGUCGGGCGUGCGGCGGUCAAUCACAGUGAUGACAGGUGGAAGUACAUUUACUGGGCCGGGUUCAUCAUCUCCUGCGUCGCUGGACUCGGCUUGGGAUUCUUCUACUUCCCACCGAAACAUCCCCGUGGUGUACCUUGGAGAGAUGCACUCAGAGGCUUGGACUGGGUCGGUGGGCUGCUUUUCACACCUGGGGCAGUCAUGGUUCUAGCAAGCGAUGCCCGGGUCAUCGCGUGCCUCACCGUCGGCUUCGUCCUAAUCGUCGCCUUUGGCCUGUGGGAGCGCUUUUCCGGGGUCAAGUAUCCUCUGUGCCCAAACGAGAUCUUCGUCAGCCACUGGGGCCGCGAGUUCACUGCACCAUUCUGCCUGUCCUUCAUCGUCGUUGGCUUUUUCUACGGCCUCGCCGUCAUCUAUCCCACCAUGCUGAAUGACUUCUACAUCGACGCAAACACCUCCGUCUCUGAACAAAUGCUUCUCACGCUCCCGCCAAACCUGGGUCUUCCCUUUGGCGCCGCUCUCCUUACCAUCUUCGGUAACAAGAUCGGCCACUGGCGCUGGACCCUCAUCGCCUCAGUCUUCUCCCUGGUCCUGUGGGGCAGCUUGAUGGCUAUGAUCACGCCUGACAACAAAGGGUUGAUGAUCGCCUUCGUCUUCCUCGGCCAGACCUCGUAUGGGUGGGCCGCCUACCUCGCGGUAACAUUCACUCAGCUCGGCGUCCCGCAGACCAUGCUCGGCAUCUCGGGCGGUCUGGCCGGACUAGCUAGAUACGCGGGCGGAGCGGUGGCAUCGGCGUGCUACUCGAGCGCCAUUGGGAACGGGGUCACAUCCAAGGGUGCCGAGCUCAUCCCCAAGGCGGCUCUCAACGCGGGACUGCCGUCGUCAUCGCUGGGCCAGUUGAUGAAGGCUGUGCCGCAAGGUGCGGCGGCGAUUUCUGCCGUGCCUGGUGUUACGCCGCAGAUUGCGCAGGCGGUGAAUACGGCGUACAAGUAUGCUGCCGCGUUUGGACUGCGUAACGCGGCCCUUGCGUCAUUAGCUUUCGGUGUGGUGGGAAUCGCCCUAGCUGUAGCAUGUGAGGACAUCACACCCAAGAUGACACCAAAGAUCGAGAUAUUCCUGGAGAAUGAUGCUCUCGCGGACAAGAAUAAAUUCCACUAG